UUUCCUUCUCUCCUCAGUGUCCCACUAACCGAGAGGCACCUGAAGAAAAAGAGGAGUGUGACUGCAGUCAGGGGAACCCUGGACCGCCUGGAACUCCUGGGCCAAAGGGAGAAAAAGGAGAAAACGGACUCCCUGGUCGUGAUGGUAAGCCUGGUAUUAAAGGUGAGCGAGGAAUGCCUGGAGAGCCAGGUAAAUCAGGACAAAAGGGUGAAGCUGGUUUCCAUGGACCCAAAGGUGACUCAGGAGUAAAAGGCUCCAAAGGUGAGAGGGGACAGCAAGGGCUGCCUGGAAAACAAGGACCACCAGGCCCUAAGCGACCUCAGGGUGACAAAGGUGAACAAGGACCCCCUGGUGAGCCUGGGCAGAAGGGUGAACCGGGCCUACCUGGCAGUGAAGGACCAGCCGGCACAAAGGGACCAAAGGGUGAUAAAGGAGAUGAUGGACAGCCUGGCACAGAUGGAACACAAGGUGUACCAGGUAUUCGUGGACUUCCUGGGGAGGCGGGGCCAGGUGGACCUCAGGGAGCUAGAGGAUUACCUGGACAGAAAGGAUCUGCUGGACCUAAAGGACCUCCAGGCAUCCAGGGCCCACCGGGGUCCCGUGGAGCAGACGGACAAAACGGCCCUAAGGGAAGUCCAGGACAACAGGGAUCACCUGGUCGUCUGGGUAUUCCAGGCCAAAAGGGCUCGACGGGAGAGCCAGGUUUUCCAGGUUUACAAGGUGCUGCUGGUCUUCCUGGUUUUAAAGGGCAUAAGGGGGAUGUGGGAGAACCUGGUCCAAGGGGUGCUCAGGGUGAAAGAGGAAGCGAUGGAACACCUGGUGUGCCUGGGCCACCGGGUGAACCUGGACUCCGGGGAAGCAAAGGAGAGAGAGGUACUUCAGGCGAUCCUGGAGUUAGAGGCCCUGAUGGGAUGAAAGGAGAUACUGGACAUAUUGGACUAGUUGGACCACGUGGUUCUCCAGGACAGGAUGGGUUACCAGGGCAUCCCGGGCUUCCAGGAUUUCCUGGCAAACCUGGGAAAUCUCCUUCUGAUGAACAGUUAAAAAAGCUCUGUGGAGACGUAUUGAGACAGGAGCUCUCCCAGCUGAUGCAGACGAUGAUUCCUCAGAGCUGUGAGCCCUGUGAGACGGUGAAAGGCCCCCCGGGUCCACCUGGAGCUCAGGGUCCUAAAGGCUCGACUGGACCUCAGGGAUAUCCAGGCAGGCCAGGCUCUCAGGGUUACCCAGGGUCAACUGGCUUACAGGGGCCCCCGGGGCUGAAAGGGGACAUGGGACCAAGGGGCUUUAAGGGCAACAAAGGUGAAGGCAGGCCAGGACAACCUGGACCCCCUGGAGACAGAGGGAUCCAGGGUCUGCCUGGCACUGAUGGAAUUGGAUUACCUGGUCCUGCGGGAACGCCAGGCAAAUCUGGUUCUCCAGGCCUUCCAGGCAAGCGAGGUGCCCCAGGGCCAGCUGGAGUGUGUGACAUGUCCAUCUGCUACCCGGCCUACAACCUCAGGGAAGAGCACUACAGCAAAGGCCCAAACUUCUGACACAAGCGAGCACACAGACAUACCAUAUAUAUGUAGUUGUAUAUAUAUGGAAAAGCCUUUCAGCAAGCUGCACAUGAUCAGAUCUUUUCUCAAUGGCAUUUAGGAGAAUAAUUCUAAAGAACUGAAUCCAAUUCUACAUGAAUGGCCUUAUGCAUACAGUAAUACUGUAAGGACAGUGGCAUGCAGAGAAAUUCAGAGCAGAACACAUUCAGUGACCUUUUGUUCUGACUGAUAUAGAGGGCAUUUAUUGUAUGUAUCGCAUUUGGAGACACCGUUUUGUUGUUCACCCAACUAUCAAGCUUGAAUGCAACACAAGAUUGAUGAUGAUUUUGAAGACAAGGUAAGAUCAUUACUGUAUGUUAAGAAGACUUCAAUUGUAGUGGUGUUGAGUAAAAUGCAUACACUUUUUGACUUGAUAGAUAUUUGGACUCUGGUAUGCACUUGCACUGCCCAAAAGAAGCUACCUCCAUGUGAACAUACAUUAUACAAGAAUAUGCAAUAUACGCAUUAUAUAGUAUUUAAUCCUUUUAUAAAAUAACAGUGUGUAUUCAAAUGCUGCUUAUGUUUAAAUGUCUUCAUUAUUCAUUUCAGCAGUGUCAAAAUCAUACCAUAUUCAAAAUGUAAUCCAGUUUUAACAAAUGUAAUUUAUUUAAUGUGUUUUAUUCUCUCGAAGCAAUGACCGAAGAACAAAUACACUUUGUUUGUUUAACAAAUCACAAACUCUUAGGGAAAAAAAGCUCCAUUCAACACCUAAAGGGGUUCUUUAGUUGUUUUUUUGUCUCAGGGGAAACCAUAAAGGUUCUUCACAGCUUCCUUUUCAGUUUCAAAUGGAAUUUUCUUUGGCUUGCAUAGAACCCUUAAAAUGACUCAGAGAACUUUCAAGGGUAUUGAUAAGGGCAGAUAAAUCUUAUCUAAAAAUCU